CGAAUUCCGUCUGCAAUUCCGAGUUGGACUUUUCCCAGUCGGAGUUCAUUUUUCCGAGUCCCAGUUGUCUUGAAUGCACUGAAGUAGGACAUUUCCGAGUUCACAGUUGUUUUGAACGCGGCAUAUAUGGAUCGGGCACACCUUUCUCACCUGAGACACUCGGAUUUCGACGACGGAGUGACGUAGUGCUACGAUAUGACAAAUGGGAGGAAGAAAAAUAAAAGUCAGACUCAUUUCACGCUGGCCACGUCCCUGGGUUAUCCACGGGUUUCAGAGUUGUGUUUCCUCUAAGAGAGAACCUUGUCGAAAAACAGAGCUUACUUUUAGCGACGUUGUUCAUCCAAUCGUAAUGAUGGACCCUCGGGUGUGCCCACCCUCACUCAACAACAGCCAAUCAUUGAUGAGCAGUCUGGACAAGUCUCCUUCUGGAGGAUUCAAGGCCGGCCACUCACGGAAUGACAGCGCUGGGUCAUCACGCAACUCCCGCCAGAACUCCAGGCACUGGGAGGUGUUGGAAGACCACAUGGACAUGGGUUCAGGGAUCGGGUCAGGGCUGGACAUGAGCAUCCCUGGUAUCUGUGAGGGCUUCCUGAUGAAGAGGAGGAAGUACCCUUUGAAGGGCUGGCACAAGAGGUACUUCCUGUUGGAAAAAGGGAUCCUCAAGUACUCCAAGACACAGCAGGAUAUCCAAAGAGGAAAACUCCACGGCUCCCUGGACGUUAGCCUCGCUGUCAUGUCCAUCAACAAGAAGUCCAAUCGCAUCGAUCUGGAUGGUGGAGACUAUUUAUACCACCUCAAGGCCAAGAACAAUGACUUGUUCUACAUAUGGCUGACCAAGCUGUGUGCCCAUCGUGUCUUCAAGAAGAACGAGGCCCUGGGUGUCCACCACGGAGUCCUCCAUGCCCUCACCAUGGGCAACAGCACGUUGUUGCCAGCCAUGGCCAGUCUAGCCCAGAGAAACCAAGCCGCCAUGCCAGGCAUGUACCCUCACUACGCCAGCUCUGCCUCGGUCUACCAGGCUGAGAUGGAGGUUCCGCCCACAGCAGCACCAGGGGUCAACGGCAAGGUGGCAGCAUGGCUCCAGCAGACCCACCAAUCAGAUACCUGCUCCCAAGAGCUAGCUCGUUCUCAAUUGGACUUGACUGAGUUGGCCCAGCUCAUCCAGAGGCUCAAUUGGCUGGAGAGUGGCCAGCAACCAAUCUCCAACAGUGACCUAGAGCGACGAAUCAACAUGCAGAAUCUGACCCUCAAUACCCCCAAGGCCAAGAAGGAGAGGAAGACGACAAACAAGAUAUUUGGUCACUCUCGCACCCUGUCCGGAGUCGAAGCCCGCAGCAUGGGACCGUUUACCUCCAGCCACCUGAGCACAUCGUCCAACCACCUGAGUGUGGGAGCAGCCUCGGUGUCGUCCAUCCCGGACUAUGUGUACUCCCAGCUCUCCAACCCCCUCAUAACCUCCCCUGAAGCCAAGAAGAUCCAGCAGGACAUCUGUGCUUUGUCCCAUAGGGUUCAUGCAUCUCUCAAGUCCAUCCACGAGGUGCUCGCCCUGGAACGUGAGCGGGUCCGACAGGCUUGGACCGGCCCAGACCUACGCUCCUCCACCUCCAAUCAACUGGCCACCCUGUGUAGCACACUGUCUGAGCUGGAGGUGCAGUCUUGCCAAACCAAAGUUCAUUCCCUGUCCCUUUCCUCUGGAUCCACUGGGGGUUCCAAGGAGUCCUACAGCACUGUGCGUCAGGACCAGAAUGCUGAGAAGACGCCCUCUAAGGGUUGCUCUGUGCAGCGCACCCCCUCGCUGGCUGACUCCAUGGCCGAGUACUAUGACGCCAGAGAUGUCGUCUGUGAGAACUCCUCUGAAAACGGAGAAGAGGAGUCUGAUGAGUCCGGGCUGAGUGACAUCACCACCACCAGUAACUCUGAGCCAGACGAGGUCCAUGCUUCCACUUUGCCUGCAGAGGCAAUAUCACCGGACCAACCGCAAUCAAAAGCCUCUGCCACCCUGAACUACCGCACCAGCGUGUCCAGAGCCCCGGACAUGGUCAGCACCGUGCCCACCAACACAGGCCGCCGCACCGUCCUGCCCGCCAACUGUGUCGACAACAGCCACAUUGGCAUCAUGACCAUCCUGUACAACAACAUUGGCAAGGACCUGUCACGCGUGUCCAUGCCCUGUGGCCUCAACGAACCUCUGAACCUGCUGCAGAGGGUGAGCGAAGAGCUGGAGUACUCUGAGCUUCUGGACAUCGCCAACAGCACAGAGGACCCCUUCGAAAGGAUGCUAUACAUUGGAGUUUUCUCCAUCUCUGGCUAUGCCUGGGCUACCUGGCGGAACCGCUACAAGCCCUUCAACCCCGUCCUGGGAGAGACUUACGAGAGCCACCGCAAGGAGCGCGGCUUCCGCUACAUCGCUGAGCAGGUCAGCCACCACCCGCCCUGCUCCGCCGUGCACGCAGAGUCUGAGAACUUCACCUUCUGGCAAGACCAGCAAUGGAAGAACAAGUUCUGGGGAAAGUCUUUGGAGAUCAUCUCCUCUGGUCCAGUGAAUGUCAAGUUGCCGAAAUAUGGGGAUCACUACGAGUGGAACAAGGUGGUGACCUGCGUCCACAACGUCCUGAGUCAGCAGAGGUGGCUGGAACACUACGGCGAGGUGACCAUCAGAAACACCAAGAGUGACCUCUGCACCUGCAAGAUCUCCUUCGUCAAGUCCCGCUACUGGACCUCAGAGACCAGUAAGAACGAGGUGCAGGGCCAGGUUCUGAACCAAGCGGGAGAGGUGGUCCACCGGUUCGGUGGGCUGUGGCAUGAGGGCAUCUUCUGCGACACCCUGCCUAACCCAAAGUGCAUCUGGAAGCCCAACCCUCAGCCUGAUGACCACUUCCAGUACUACGGCUUCGGUCGCUACGCCAGGGAGCUCAAUGAGCUGACCCCUGAACUCAAGAAGGUCCUACCUCCCUCAGACACCCGCUACAGGCCAGACCAGAGGAUCCUGGAGGAGGGAGAUGUAGCUGGGGCUGACAGUAAGAAGGAGGAAGUAGAGCAGAAACAGCGGGACCGACGAAAGGAGCUGGCCAAGAAGGGAGAGGAGCACGUGCCUCGUUUCUUCAGGAAAGAGCUGGAUGCGGCCGGGAAUGAGAUCUGGCUGAGCAACGGAACCUACUGGAAGAUCCGCAAUCAGCCAGGCUUUGCCAACACCAAGAACUUGGAUCUGUGGUGUUGAGUAGACCUGGCAGAGCCUCCUGUCAUUUUGGCUUCAUCAAUAGACUAUUACAGCCCAAUGAGACCACUGAACGCAGAUACUAAAGUUCCACUGACGGAUGAGGAGAGGUGAAGGGAGUCUUGACUGCACGGAUUAAUCAUUCCAGGGUGACUGUCUGCCAUGGAGAGAUGAAAUGUCAACAUGGAGUAGAUGAGGACUACUAUGGAUCUUUUCCUUCAAGUCUGAUGUUCCCACAUUGAUGCCGAUCUUCCACACCCCAGUGGCCGCUCUGGUGUCCGCAAAUAUAUAAACUGCCUUGAAAAUAACCAGAUUGAAAUUGGUUCAUGCAUUUAACUGCCAAGUUUACCCAUUGGUGGUCGGAGAUCCAACAUAGCGUUUGGAAUGUUACCUUGCGUGUUAUAGAGAUGCAUGAUGCUUUUUGUCAAUGUAGUAUGUCUAUAUAUUUAAACACUUUUACUUAUUGACUUUUUAGGUCUAUAUGCAGAUUUAUUUAAAUCAAUUUGUGAUAUCAAACGCUCACUCUGAAGAGGAACUAACCAGGCAGGGGAUUGUUUUUGACUGCUGUGAAUUAAUGGGGUUUUAUGGGUAAGAAGGGCUACCUCUUGCACUCUCGAUGGGUCUUACUGUGUUAUUGUAUAUUUAGUUGUCAUGUCGAGUUGUACAGUACUUUACAUCUUUUGGACUUGUUUUAAAUGACACGUUGGUUUGAGUCACUGAAUGCCUCACAUCUGUCUCCUUCCUCACCCGUUUUAAAGAACAGUGAUCUAUAUAACACUCACUGCUUUCCUUAGGUUUUUCCCCCUUGUAUUUCUUUAUCUAGAGUGAGUUUAUAGAUGUUUAAUGCUUUUUAGGGUUAUCUUUUCAACCUUGAUUUAGGUUGACGCUAUGAAGUAUUUUUAUGGAUGUUUCAACAGUGGGUUUUACGGAAAAGAGAACCAUUGUUACAUUUCAGUGUAAAAACAAUUGGAGGGCUAUAGCGGGAAUCGUCCAAAAUGAAUUGUUUUCUAGUCUAUUUUCAAAUAAAUACUGAACUUAAA